AUGGAUGCCAUUUUUUCAUAUAUACUGCUCCUUGUGCUCCUCUCUCUAUCUCUUUCUCUCAUCUUUCUCUCUCACACAUAUAAACGCAACUAUGGCAGCCCAAAGCUUCCACCAGGUAAAGCUGGAUGGCCAAUAGUUGGAGAAAGUGUAGUGUUUGCUUUGUCAGGACCAGAAAAAUUCAUUUCUGAUAGAAUGAACAAGUACUCACCCCAAGUGUUCCAAACCUCAUUGUUGGGAGAAAAAAUGGCAGUGUUCUGUGGAGCCUCAGGAAACAAAUUCUUGUUCUCCAAUGAGACCAAGCUCCUCACCUCUUGGUGGCCUCAGUCGAUGAAGAAGGCCUUGCUCUUCCCCUCUUUCGUCGAGAAUUCUUUGAAAGAAGUAACCGCGCUGAAGCGUGGCUUCCUCCAUGAAAUUCUCAAGCCUGAAGCUCUCAAACACUACAUACCUAUCAUGGAUUCCAUGGCAGCCCAACACUUGGACUCCGAAUGGGCUCCUCAUGGAGAAGUAAAGGUUUUCCCCAUGCUCAAGAAGUAUACUUUUGCAUUGGCAUGUAAGUUGUUUAUGAGCAUUGAAGAUCCUGAGCAUGUUGCUAGGCUAGCUGAGGCCUUCACUCUUGUUACGUCCGGAUUGUUUUCCGUGCCUAUAGAUUUUCCCGGCAUGGCUUAUAAUCGCGCCAUCAAAGGAGGCAGAAUGGUUCGUGAAGAGCUUUUGGGGAUCAUCAGGCAUCGGAGGAAGGAACUAUCAGAGAAAAAGGAGACACCAUUCGGAGACUUGCUGUCACGGAUGCUAUUGGUGACAGAUGAAGAUGGCAAGUUCAUGAAUGAAAUGGAGAUUUCUAACAACAUCAUAGGUUUGCUAGUUGCAAGCUAUGAUACAACUAGUACUGCUGUUACCUUUGUCUUGAACUAUCUUGCAGAGCUUCCCCAUGUUUAUAGUGCGGUUUUUAAAGAACAAAUGGAGAUUGCAAAGUCCAAAGGCACCGAAAAGUUGCUAAAUUGGGAAGACAUUGAGAAGAUGAAGUAUUCUUGGAAUGUUGCACGUGAAGCAUUGAGGCUGACACCACCUGCUCAAGGAGCCUUUAGGGAGGCCAUAACUGAUUUCACCUAUGCUGGCUUUACCAUUCCAAAGGGAUGGAAGACAUUUUGGACAGUACAUUCAACACAUAAAAAUCCACAAUACUUUCCGAAUCCGGAAAAAUUUGAUCCGUCAAGGUUUGAAGGAAGUGGACCUGCACCAUACACUUUUGUACCUUUUGGUGGAGGAGCUCGGAUGUGCCCUGGAAAAGAGUAUGCUCGACUAGAAGUACUAGUUUUCAUGCAUAAUGUGGUGAAAAGAUUUAAAUUGGAGAAAGCAGUUGCAAAUGAGAAGAUAAUAUAUCACUCAUCCCCCACUCCAGUGAAUGGUGUCCCUGUUCGCCUCCAGCCGCAUGAAAAAUAG